CUCCUGACCAGCUGGGCGGGACUCAGGCUGCAAUAUAAGGGGGAGCGCCCCUGUCCCGGCUACAGUGCUGAAGCUGGAGCGUCAGCAGGCACCAGAAGGCAACUUGAAACUCACGAACCAGAGGAACUGAAAAAGACGCAGCAGGAGCGCUUCUUCCCGCCACUCCCAGCCCCAGCCUCGGAAGAUGGGGCUCCUCGGGAAACUCCGCGCCUCGGCGGCGGGCAGCGCGCCUCUGGAGCCUGCCUUCUCCAAUGUGCUCACCCCGAACCGCAUCCCCGAGUUCUUCAUCCCGCCGCGGCUGCCCACCCCCUAUGCUCCCGAGUCCUCGCCCUCGGCCGCCGCGCUGCCCCGGAGGUGCGCUGCUGAGCCGGACCUUUGGCUUCGAGGAGCCGACGACGGCGCGGGGCGCACGGACUGGGACCCGCGUUCGCAGGCCGCACUCUCACUGCCGCACCUGCCCCGGGCGCGCACCGCCUACGGCUUCUGCGCGCUGCUCGAGAGCCCGCACACCCGCCGCAAGGAGUCGCUCUUCCUCGGGGACCCGGGCGCCGCCGCGCUCCCGCCCGCCCCCCGUCCCCGGGCCCACACCUACGGGGGCGGCGGCGGAGACGCUCCCAUGGCGCCCGGGGCGAGAGCGCCCAUUGCGACCCCCAAAGCCCACGGCGGCCCCAGCCCAUCCCUGGACACGUUCGCCCCGCCGCCCCGCUGCCGCCGUCUCCUACGCGCCCCGGAGGGGCUGCUGCGCCGAGCAUUGCGGGCCGGGAGGAGCCGAGGCCUGACCCGCGCCCGCUCCGUCUCCAGCGGGGACGGGGAAGAUGAUGACGAGGACGAACGCCGCGCCAGCUCCGAGUCCCCGACGCGGGCCCCCGUCACAUCCCUUUCGCCGCAUCGCGACCCGCGUCCCGAGCGCCUGGAGGCCGAGGGCACCGUGACUCUGGGCCGCGCCGGGGGCGCCCUGCGCCUGGCCGCCGAAUACAAUCGGGCCAGCGGGCGCCUCCGCGUCCGGUUGGUCCGUGCUGAGGGCCCGGCUGGAGGGGCCGCCGAGCCCCGCGCCCCCGUAGGCUGCAGAGUCAGCUUCGUCCUGAAGCCGCGGGGCGCCGUGGUCCGGCGGAGUCGCAGGGCCGUCUUGGAGCAGGACUUGUGCCUGGACGGGCUCUCGGAGGACGAGGUGCGCCGCCUGGCCGUGCGCGUCAAGGCCGAGAACCGGGGCCGCGGGCUGGAGCGGGGCCGCCUGCUGGGCCAGGGCGAACUGCUGCUGGGCCCCCUCCUGCUCCUCUGAGGGCGCGCUCUGCCGCGGGGCCUCUCGGACACUGAU